CGCUUAUCCCCGGCUUUCCUGCCAGCCACGCAAGACACUUCUCAGCUUGUCAUUUUCGCCCCAAACUUGACGACCUUUUGCCCGCCAUGGCUCCUUCAAAGUGGGAUGAUGAGGAGGAGAGUGUCUCCCCCCCUCCUAUUGCUCCCCGUCGCAAGUUUGAUGACGAGGAAGAGGACGACGUCCUUGACUCCUGGGACGCCGCCGAAGAUUCCGAAGUAGAGCGCGAAAAGGCCGCCAAGGCUGCGGAGGCUAAGGCCAAGGCUGAGGCCGAAGCCGCCGCAAACAAGAAGAGCAAGGCACAGCGGAUACAGGAGCACAAGGCCACGCGGAAGGCCCAGGCUGAUGCCGAGUCCGAUGAGGACAGCGACGAGGACGAGGCCGAGCGGAGAGCCCGUCUCCGCAAGACAGAGAAGGAUUCCGAUCUCAAGCACGCCGAGGACCUUUUCGACGAUAUCGACAUGAACCGCAUGCGCAACCGUACCGCCGCCCCCAAGGCCAUUGUCAUCAGUGACUCGGCGGACCCCACACAGGCCAUCGAUCUGUCGGCCAUGCCUCUCUUCAAGCCCGCUACCAAGGAUCAAUUCACCCGCGUGACCACGACCCUGAUUCCUUUGUUGACCACCCAGUCUAAGAAGCCUCAGUAUGCUCUAUGGGCGCAGGAGUUUGUCAAGCAGCUCGUGAAGGACCUGCCCAGCGGUGAUGUCAAGAAGAUCGCCUCCUCUUUGACCACCCUCAGCAAUGAGAAGAUGAAGGAGGAGCGUGCGGCCGAUAAGGGCAACAAGAAGACCAAGGCAGCCAAGACCAAGGUCUCUCUAGUCACUUCUAGAGAGAAUAAGAUUGAAACCAACUCUUAUGAUGAUGAUGGGUUGGAUGACGAUGACUUUAUGUGAUUUGUUAAAACUGGAUCUGCACUUACAAGAUUUUCCCCCCUUAGCUUCAUUUUCUUCUAUCCUUCUCUUUUUCUACCUCUUUCGUCUUUGUUAGACCGGUCUUGACACGUCGUCUUCCUUAACCUUAUAUUUUUUGUUUUUGUAUAUUCGUCCUAAAAUAUCCUCAUUUUCGUCCCCCUUGACGUCUUCAUCUAUAGCGCAUUAUUAUCUUCCUUGUAUUUCCUUCGGUAGCACAUAUUAUUGAUUCAGCUGAUAGAGAGGGUGCCUUGGUUGCAUUUGCUCAUUUACUUUUUUGGAGUUAAGUGGUGACGGUGCCGUAACUAUAUAUAGUGUGCCCCCACUUCGUAAGAGGAUAUCUUAUUGUGGGGUCAAUGUAUUAAACGCCAGAAAGCUACUCUGCUAGUUGAUGGAUGUGCAGGGAAGGCGGCGAAAGCGACUUGGAAUGCAUCGGCCAGGACCAAGC